AUGUCGACUCAGAUCUACAAAUCCCCUAACCGGUACCUCUUCAUCGCCUCAAUCGGCAAUCCAGCACCAUACACCGAGACACGCCACAGCGCAGGGCACCUCUUACUCGACGCUCUUCAACCACAUCUCCACGAGCGCAUCGGCUUGUCAACACCGGGGAGCAACGGGCAAAACCUCUCCAAAUCAAUAUUCUACUCAACAUGGAAAUCGCCCUCCUUAAUGAACGUCUCUGGCCCACCGGUUCUCCGCCAAUUGAAGAGCUGGCUCUCAGACCGGAAGAAAUAUUUCGAUACUUUGAUUCAUCUCAACAACAACAGCUACAGCAGCACGGCAGAGACUGGUAGUAGUAGUAGUAAUAUGCAACUACUCAAAUCAUCGUCAUCCGAACCCAUCACAAUUGACACCCGCGCAUUGACGCAGAGGUUCAGACCUACUCUCGUCAUCCUGCAUGACGAACUAGAGGCAAAACCGGGACAGAUCAAGAUUCGGCGCGGAGGGCCUCAGCAAGCUAGUCUUAGAGGUCACAAGGGAUUGAUUAGCAUUAUGGAGAGUUUGAGGGGGGCUGGUCUUCUUUCUUCUUCUUCGGCAACUACUGCGGCAACUACUGCGGCAAAGUCGGCGACGUCGUCUAUGGCUAUCCUUCGGAUUGGGGUUGGGAUUGGUAGGCCUACGAGUCGGGAACGGAAUGCUGUUGCGGAUUAUGUAUUGUCGAAGAUGGGCCCGCAGGAGAUGCAGGCUUUGAGGGAGACGGUGCCGGAGGUUGUAGAGGUGUUGGUGCAGGAGAUGUAUAGGAGGGAUGAAGAUGAGGUGUAA